UGAUGCACGUUUUUUAGUCGGUGCUUCGCUAGUUAACGUUCGCGUCACUCAUUAUUAAACGUUUUUAUUACUCUUUUAAUAUUUAAAUACUAAGAAGAACGUGUGAUUGCUUCAAUUUGUCCGAUAUAUGAACAUUGAUUGAGUAAUUCUGGUCAAUCGAACGAUUGCUUCAGGAUCUGGUACCGAAUACAAAAAACAAUGGGGAAGUCGGAGACGAGGGUUAAAAAGGCGAGUAAAUACUGCAUCGCGGUUGGGUGUUUCAACAACGAUAAGAAUUCAGAUUGCACGUUCUUCGCGGUACCGACGGGACAGUCCGAGGAAGAGGUCGAGAGGUGCAAAAAAUGGUUGACACUACUCGGCAGAGAGGACCUGUUAGAAAAAGACAAUUUGAAGAAAAGUUCCUACUGCGUUUGCUGCGCACACUUCGACGACUCGCAAAUAAAAAUGCUCAAAACUCUGAGAAGGGGCGCCAUCCCGACAUUGCUACUACCUAAUGAUAUACAAGAAGGUUCGACAGCAUCCACAGACGUCAAUGCGGGGUCAUCUUCAACACGAGCCAUAUGUUCAGAGGUCAAAGAUGCAGAAAUGAUAUCAGUAAAAACAGAAUGUGCCGAAUUAAAUAUAGAACUAAUAAAGACUGAACCACGAGAAGUAUUGUCAGCUGAAGAAGAAGAAGGAUUGAACGCAGAAAGUUCUGUUCCAAAUGUAAUAGUUGUAAAGUGUGAAUUUGAAUCACCUGAAGAGGCAAUGGAAAAGUCGACACAGACUCCAAAAGGUUUAAAAAAAAGAAAGCGUACGGAUGACCCUAAGAAGAAAUGCAAAAGCCGAAAAGGAGAUAACAAAAAAUAA